AUGUUCUCUGAGGACCCCUUCCUUUGGUUUGUCUGUUGUAAGUCUCCUGUUCUACAGUUCUACAACCAGCAGCAUUUCCUCUUCCCGAAGCAGGCAGCCGAGAAACAAGAGAAGGGGCAUAGUGGACAAGCCGAGAAGCUGGUCCAGCCCGAGAUGAGCGCAGAGCGGCAACCCCAAGGUCUUCGGGACACAAGUGGAGUUCGGAGAAGGGAAUUCACAGAGCAGGGGACACACGGCCUCGAGGUGGGCCGUUUCCCCAGGAGCACCAAACACAGACUUGUUAGGGCAGCUCCUCUGAAUGUCCAUCUUCCUCCGACUUCCAACGAGGUCUGUGCAGAGGAAGGUGCCUCGCCAGAACCGACAGAGAAAGCACCCCGCCAGUGCCAACUUGGUCUAAACUCCUCCCUUGAGACAUCUUCCUCCCUGUCCCCCCAAGUCCUGAACUCCACCUACCCUGGGCCUUGUGGCUUCUCACAACACCUGCCUAGUCCUACAUCCUCAGGACGCUCAGAGGGAUCUCACCCCAUGUGGAUUCUGGCUCCAGACAUUCAUGGGAGGCCAGAUCCAGAGGCUUCAAGCAUAAGAAUCCUUCCUGGUCCCUUUCAAAGUAGGGUUUCUUUCGGGACAGUAGCAGCCUGUGUCUAGACAAGGGGGAAGGGGACUCUAGGAAUGUAGUCAAGACACUAUCCUGCUGCCAAAGCGAGGUGGGCUGCCACCUGCACAUCACAUACCACAGGUCACCCGGGGAACAGCAGACCCCUCCUUAGCACACACACUGACAUGCAUACUCCUGCAAGCCACCGCUCAGGAGGUCCCAGACGCCUGCUGACAGACAAAUCCAUCAAAUACACACAGCGCAAUGGACACAGAAAAGUGGCCCAGGAAGGGCUCAGG